AGCUAGGCUUGUGUGUAUAUAGUAUAUUCCGCGCUUUCUACAAGUGAGCAUGAAGUGAACGACACAACGACAGCUAUUUUUGCAAGUUGACGUCUUGUUGGAAAACUUACAUACUAUAUCAAUAUCAUAAAUAAACUACAUAGUGUCAAAAAGCCGACAUAAUGUCACUUUUCAAGUUACGUAAUACCCCUGCCUCACACAUCUUUUACCCCCCCUGACAUCUUAUGAUUACUUUUAAAAGUUGUCGAUAUCUGGCGAUUUUUGUCACUUCGAUCAACGUGACUGAAAACUUGACAACCCUGCGUGUAGCUGUGUUGCUGUGUGUUUGUUUUGACUUCUGGAUGUUGAGGUUUGUGGUUGAGGUUGAGGUGUAUUGAGUGUAACUAUUGAGUGUGUUGACAAUGGAAAUAACGAACUAGUUCACUUAUGAUGACAAUAUAAAUAUGAAAAUGUCAUCUAGAUUUAGAAAGCAUUGCGAGCUUCGCGUAAUUUUGUUAAUGAACAAUCUCAUGAUCAAAUAGAAUAUUUAAUAAUGGACAGCAAUAUGUGUCAGACAAGUAAAAGUUUCGAUAGUGAGACGGCCGAAGCUGAUGCCUCCUACGAGGAGGAAAACGAGCAUGAAAUCGCGACUGCCGAGUUUGGGGAGGAGGAGGAAUUGAAACCCGUUGAUUCGAGGCCCAAUCCCCAGCUUUGGAUAACCAGAAAUAGUUCGCACGCCGACUUUGAUGAUGACCUGGAGAACAUUAACAUAAGUAAUUUUUUCCACCGUGUGGAUAGUGAUCAGAUUAUCUAUCAGAGCAAAAAACGGCGUCUCAAGCUAGUAGGAAAAUAUGUAAUGGGUGAUCUACUGGGUGAAGGUUCCUAUGGAAAGGUAAAGGAGAUGUUAGACUCAGAGACACUUUGCAGACGAGCUGUUAAAAUACUUAAGCAACGUAAACUCAGGAGGAUACCAAAUGGAGAACAGAAUGUACAGAGGGAAAUCAAACUGCUUCGUAAACUGGACCAUAAGAAUGUGAUAAAGUUAUUUGAUGAGUUGCACAAUUAUGAAAAACAGAAGAUGUAUCUAAUUAUGGAAUUCUGCGUGGGAUCACUGCAGACCAUGCUAGAUUCUACUCCUGACAAGAAAUUCCCCCUGUGGCAGGCGCAUGACUACUUUUUGCAACUGAUUGAAGGACUGGAAUAUCUUCACAGCAUGCGCAUUAUCCACAAAGAUAUUAAGCCUGGUAACCUACUGCUAAGCUUGGAGAAUCAGCUGAAAAUCUCUGACUUGGGGGUUGCAGAGACUAUAGACCUGUUUGCGAAAGAUGAUACCUGUUUCAUAGGUCAAGGCUCACCAGCAUUUCAACCACCCGAAAUAGCAAAUGGAUUGGAGUUUUUUCCUGGAUUCAAAGUGGAUAUAUGGAGCAGUGGAGUCACCUUGUAUAAUAUUACAACAGGACGAUAUCCAUUUGAAGGAGACAACAUAUAUAGGCUAUUUGAAAGUAUAGGUAAAGGAGUGUUCACAAUACCGCCUGAAAUACAAGAACCACUGAGGGACCUGCUACUGGGAAUGUUGGAAAAGGAUCCGUAUGCUAGGUUUAGUUUACAACGAAUCAAACGACACACGUGGUGUACACGUCAGCCUUCCCCGGAAGGAUUACCAAAAGUGCCGGUGCCUCCGCUACGUGGAGACAUGUGGCAUAGCCUAACAGUACUGCCUUACCUCAUAGAACACUACUACGAUGAGCCCCUUGAAGAUGCCAGUGAAGACGACGGGAGCCAGCAUGAAUAUAUUACUGAACGACAGCUUAAUGAGAUGGAUGAAAGGCGUAAGCAACGCGAUCGGACGUUCGUGGUAGCGGAGAAUUCAAACGGUAACGCUCAGUCGUCUAGUUCGAGCUCAAAGAAAAGUAGCCGGUGGAAGAAGACUAUCAGUUGCAUGUCUUUUAAAACAAUUCCUGGAUGCAAACAGUCGUGACGACUACGGUCCACACACAACUUACGUUUGUUAAUUGUUAUGAAAUCAAGACAGUCAGAACUCAAGUGGUAUUUUCAUGAGGGCAUCCAGCAUCCAAUGUUAUGUGGUUAGACUUUCGAAAAUACAAACCAACGUUGUCUAUGUGCACGUUUCUCAUCUAAGAUCAGUCAACUCUCCUUGUAGCAUAAUGGGAAUAACACAACAUACUUGGAAACAGAUUUGUUCAGGGUGUCCUAACGAAAAUGGAAAGUAGUUUCAAAAGCAACCAGGAAAAAAAAUCUGUUUUCGUGGCAACCUUGAUAUGUUAGUAGUGCAUAUUUUAAAAUUAUUUUAAUAUAUACAGUGCCAUAGCGAAACAUAUGUUUUUUGAAAGAACUCCCUAUAUUUUAUUGCAUAUUUGAAUAGGGCUUCCAAAAACAAGACGUUUGAUUUAAUUUAACAAAUAGUUUCGAUUAUCAAUACUAUGUGGCCAAACGUCUGCAGCUCCGCCAUUUUUGGAGAUAUUUAGAUAAAUGUUUUUUCACAAAAAUUGUAUUAUGAUGUAUAUCGUCAAAUGAUUUUGGGAUGAACUUUUUUUGAUAUGAGGCUUAUACAACUUUUUUCCAUUUUUUGUUAUUAAUUUCAAGAAAAACCAAAUACAUCUUAUUAACACAACAAAAAUAAUCUCAGCCUAAGGCAAUCAAUUAAUAAACUAACGAAUAUAUUACGUUGGUGCAAACCACACAAGGCUGUUGAAAUUAUCUUGCACGUCUAAAAGGGUUUGUCUAGGUAUCACCUUAUACGACUCGAUGUUUCAUGUCCUCUGGUGUUUUAGGUUUCUCCUGGUAAAUCUGAUUGGUCCACCUCUCCCUAGCCAACUAUCAGUACCCCAGCAGUCUAAAUACUCCCGUACUGCUCGAUUGUAAUGUGGUGGAACACCAUCAUGCUGGUACCACAAAUCUCUCCUAGUUGUUCAAAUUUACUUUCUCUAGUAAAAGAGGUUACCCAAGUUGCUGAAACAAUGUGGUUGUGAAAAAAUACUGGACCUGAGAUCAAACAUCUGGGAAUCAACAGAACUACUUGGAACUUAUAACAAUUUCAUAAUUUAUGACUGUCUAGGGUUAAGGUGAGACGUGUGCGAAAGAAAAUUCAUUAUUUUCAUGGAAGAACUGAUUAAAAGUCAAAUGUGGAAUAUAUUUUUUGUUUCUUGGAAUUAGUAGCAAUAACCCGAAAACUGCGAAAAAAGUUGUAUAAACCUUAUAUCAAAAAAAAAAGGAAAGAUAUUUAAUGGUGUAGAAAUAUAAAGGGUGUUCCAUUUGACAUUUGUGAGAAAAGGUACAUUGCAAAAAUAUCUAAACAAUUGACAAUCAAAACCAUAUAUAUUCGAUAUCAAACUUCAUGUUUUCGGAAGAUCUAUCUAUUUAUGUCUUUUCCAGAUCGCUCAUAAAAUUUGGAGGUACACGCUCCCCCCUAAUACACGUUACUGAAAUCGGUUUUUAUUAAAUAACUUUUGAACGAUGCUGUAGAAUUCUAAUAAAUUUUGACAACUUAGUAACGAAAUAAUGAUUGCGUAUGUAACUUGUACUUGUUGCACGUCUUCUCGGCAAAGCACUUUUGUGUUGAGAUCCUCCGAAUGCUGGCUGAUCUCUUUAAGUCGUUAGUCGCAUUGCACUUUGCACGACUACAUAUCGCCAAAGGCUACUUAGGCCCUAUUCUACUAAGCCGGGACGUAAAAAAGUGCGUGUAACACAAAAUCAACCAACAAGAAGGCGUCUUUGAAGUAAUGGAUCUAACGAAUACGGCCGAUUUCCUGUGGAUGUCUCUCAAACUAGAGAAAAAUUAUACGGUUUGUGUAAGACGGGCCUUUAGUUCCCAUAUUAAAUCAAGAAAUACGCCAUAAAUCACUUGGUUUAGCUACAAUAAUUGCUUCCGAACACUAAAUUAGCGGCUUUGAUCAUUCAGGGUGUUCGAAAAAUAGACGGAGAUAUUUUAGAGGGUGAUUCCUUGUUAAAAGAUGUGAAAAAAAAGUUUCUAUAAACAUGUGCCGGGAAACCAGAGUUUUAAAAAUAAAUUUGAAUUAAAAAAAAUCAAACUUUUUAGCUAAAUUUCGCAUAUAAAAUUACGUGCAUAAUUCUUUUCUAGAAGAACUGACGCACAAAUCUCAAAUCUCUAUGCAGGAAUGAUUUUUUGUGAAAAUAUUAAUUCUUGCAAACGAAGUGAGGCACGAAAAAAUAUAAGACGCAAAGUUGUAUUUUUAGAUACUUAAUCAAACAACAUAUAUUAAAGUUACAAAAAAAUGCAGUGGCGUACAUUUUUUGGCCAGUAAUAUUCGCUAAGGUGCCCCUUGGGAUGCCACUGGACCUAAUAAUUUUGACCCAUCUAGGGCUAAAUUAGCUCUUAGUACAGCAAAUAAUAUUGCCAAAUUUCAACAGAAUCGAGUACAUGUGUUUUAAGAUACUAAUAAAAAAGUAUUUUUUUUUAAAUUUAUCACCCUGUAUCUUGAAAAUUCUGCAUUUCCGGACCGAUAUUUAUAGUAACUUUUUUUCAUAUCUUUUAACAAGGAAUAUAAAAUAUCUCCGUCUAUUUUUCGAAUACCCUGUAUAAUGCACCAAUGAAAAAUAAGCGUUUGCGCCAUACUAUAUAAGCAUGGACAUAAAUCUGAUACAAUAUCUAGAUUGAUGUGACAGCAAUUAAAUUUGUAUUUUAUUGAAAAUAAUCGCGUCUCAUCCUUGCCGUACAUAAUUCUGCUUGAUAAAUUCUUUGCGGUCAAAUAAAAUUACAAAAUUAUGGAACAAACAUGGCGAGCAGCUUUAUAGCUGAUACCCGCCAGGUAAAAUAAAGCGCUAUUAUUAUUCUUAUUAAAUAAUCCACACAUGGAUAUCAGCGUGGUCGUGUAGUCAUUCUACUGCCCAGUAGAAUGAGCGACAUCUUCCUGUUAACAGUAAGUAAAUUGAUUAUUGAUGUUCGUUAAAGAAUACACAUUCUGUAAUUUUAUUUAUGUCUUCAAAGAAAUUAAGCAGAAUUUUGAUCAGCGACAGAGACACUGCUCAGUAAUGGAGUCAUGUCAAUCUAUUGUAUCAGGUUUGAUCCAUGUAUCAAGUAGGCUACAAAUCUUUUUUGAUGGAAUUCUCGCCAACUUUUGUGUAAAUCAAAUUCAAAUUCAUUAGAUCCAUUACUUCGUUAUUACUAAUAAGACGCCUUGUCAAUGGUCCAAUUUGCAUCAUAUGCGCAAAUUUUGAGUCCCUCUGGUCAAUAGUAAAAAAUCGGGCCUUAGGAAUGUAGACUUCAAGCGUCAAAUUCAGUCAUGUCGUGACACUUUAUUGGCACUCAAUGUUUGACGCUCUCAUGGAAUUGAACCCUCACAUGAAAAUUAAGCAAUCCUUUUUUUACGAAGUGGAAGUUGUUUUUUGGUUUUUAUUCAUUGUUACUUACCAUUGUUCUAACAUGUUUUCUGUCUAAAUAAAAAUUGUAUCGCUGAUUUUUAGGUUUUUUGAACAAGACGACCAAUGGUUUCGAUCUAAAAUUGUUUUGAGUGUGAUUUCAACUGAGAAAUCUGUAUAUGAAAAAAUGUUGUUCAAGCGACUUAAGAAUAUUUUGUGUUUGUAAUACUAGUGCUUAAUAAUGAGAGGUUUUUUUGGAGUGUUCUACCCUGACUAGUAAAAAGAGUGACAUGGGAAAUACCGCCCUAUGGUUUUCUCCAUGAAUAUUUAUCAUCUGAUUUGAUUAAACCACAAAUUUGACUGAAAAAUAACUGAUUUACCUUUUCUUAUUCAUCCUCCAGGUUAUUACAAACAGGUUACUCUGAUUUUUCACUUGAUUGAUCCUCCACUCCCAGAAAGACUUUCUAUACAAAGACAUUCAAAUAUCACUGACGAGGAAACGUGUACCAGAGAGAAGCACGCAAUGCGUAUGUUAGAAAGAGUGACCCGAUGGCUACGCUUCAAGCCGCAGCUGCGUCCGUGGCUCGUGCCCCGGGUUGCUAGGCAACGUGGUGCUUCCAUCUUUUUCCAAUAUGAGUAUUGCGUUCUUCUCUCUCGUCUCUUGUCCUUAAACGAUAGUUUUGACGAGAGACUAUGAGUUAAAGUUGUAUUAACUUAUUUUACUUCCAGGUUACUGUUAGUCAGUUAACCUGCGGUGUAAAAUCGGGCCUUGAGAAAGUAGAAAUUCGUUUUCAUUUUUAAGCAUAAACAAUUACUAUGCAUUGUUGGUGAAUAUUGGAAGAGAAACCCACUAGGUAACCUGUAAGAGAGAAAUGUGCUACAAAGAACUUUCAUUAUUUUGUGCUGGUUUGAGAUAGUUAUUGAACAACUUUCAUGGAAGAAUAGUAUUUGACAAGACAUUAAAAGCAGUAUCUUUUUAUAUGGAAAACCGGAAAUUAUAGCUGGCUUACCGAUUAAUAAUUUGUUAACUCUAUUAUAUGCGAAUUUAUAUUAUUGAAAUUUGUGAGAUAAAUAUGAUUUUUUGUUGUUGCAUUGUUCAUGGUGUAAAUAUAUAAUUUGUUAUGUAUAUUGAGGAUAUGCCGCUGAAGAGAUAAUUGUAUAUUGAAUAGAACAGUUUGAAUUUUGUGAAAAAACGGUGGUUGUGUAUUAUUGAAUAUGUGUACCUAAGGGAAAAGUAAGAAAAUGACAGUUGUAGAUAGUAAAAGUGCCAUAUUCAGUAACUAAAUUGAAAUAAAUUCGCUAUAUUUCUUACCU